GUACUUUCUUUUUCUCCUUCCGUCCCACCCCCCACCAUCUCUUGGGCUCUCGGCUCACACACGAAUUAGUCUUGUUCUGGUAAAGAGGUCUUUGUAGUUCAGAGAUAGAUACUGUGAGUGUUUGGGAUAUCUUAAGUAUUAUUUUUCUCUGUUGCAUUAUUUGCUUGCUGUGAAGAGCGACUACACCAAGAGAAGGACACGGAUGGGUCAAGUCGGAGAGAGGUUUUCUACCAACAACACCCAGGACCAUGGCCCUCCCAGCAACACCCAGGACCAUGGCCCUCCCAGCAACACCCAGGACCAUGGCCCUCCGAGCAACACCCAGGACCAUGGCCCUCCCAGCAACACCCAGGACCAUGGCCUUCCCAGCAACACGCAGAAGAACAAGUUGGCUGCCCUGAGUGCCGAGCGGACCAGAGAAACCCUAAAACGAGUCCUGACCUCUACCUUGCUUGAGGUGUUAAUAUUGGUGAUAGUCUUAGUGGACACGUUGUUGGUUCUGGCACAGUUGGUAAUGGACUCAAAUGACCACCUUGUUGAACAACCAUCCGUCUCCCACGCACUCCAUGCAGUCUCACUCACUUUCCUCUCCCUCUUCUCCCUGGAGGUCCUACUCAAGAUCUAUGCCUUCAGAUGGGAGUUCCUAACACACAAGGCAGAGGUGCUGGACGCUGUGGUGGUGCUAUUGGCGCUCUGCCUCGACAUAGUGUUUGUCCACCACCAGGCUGGCUAUGGCUUCAUUAUCAUCCUCAGACUCUGGCGCAUCUUCAGGUUAUGCCACACCAUGAUAAACCAGACGGUAAAAAUAGUGGAGGCGUGAUCAUCGUACAACUGGCAACUGCCCCAAACUGGUAAUGUUAUGCCACGUACACCACAAGAUCUACCAUACUUAAGUACAGUAUUAUCAACAUGUUUUCCGGCCGAAAUAGCCUAAAGGCGAAGUGGCCAGUAAUCCCCAAAACAAGUUAAAACAUGUUUUUUAUGGACUAAUACAUCACUUCUCCCUGAUCAACUUCAAUGUAUCUAUAUUUUCUGAAUUCUCUAGACCAAGUAAAUGUAAGUCUACUGUACUUAUACACUGACAAUUUCACAGCAUGACGAAACAUGAUGAAGGUACUACUGAAGGACUCAUCAACGAUUAAUUAUAUUACAGCUUUCACAACAAUUACGUACAAUUGAAGCUUUCAGCAUUGAACUGUUGAUCUUGAAAACUUCAACUAACAAUAGGUAUACGAGUAUAUCUCUUACUGCCUACACAUACGGGUUUCAUAUUAAUCUUAAAUUAAAUACAAGUCAUAGGGGUAACUCAAGAAAGAAUCCAUAUAUGUUUUAUGGACUAUCGAGCGUAAUAUGAAUCAUCAUUAUCUAGUGCACAAUAUGUACUGGUAUGAUCAGUAGAGCAGUGGUAACAGCAGUAAUCAGUAGUAUGAAAUAGUAAAAGUAGUAAGUACAGUAGUAAUAUCCUAGUAGUAGGUAGUAGGCAGCUACCAAACAGGGAGGCACUUCUGCCUGGGAAGAUAUUGGAAGCAUAAUGUGUUGUCUAAUGGUAGACCCUGC